CCAGUCGUCACAUAAGAGAGAACGGGAGUAAGCAGUCAGGUUCAAGGAAGCCAUUUUGGACGGUUCCUUUUCAUUCGAGGUCAGGUGAUUCAAGGUUACCUAGUAGUAAACAGAAACGGAAGAAAUCUACGUGUCGACAGAAGCUCGUGUUUCUGGGUUAAUAGAGAAUUAAUUGGAAUUGUUCUAGAAAAGAUCAUAGAAGGUUGUUUUCCGGUCAUUAGUUCCGUGAAAUUUCAGACGUUUAAUUACUGAAAUAUAUUGAACAAAGAAUACGGGUUAAUAUUGUUGGAAGAUAAACUGAUUUAGACAGAGGAUGUCCGUGACUCUGAGAAACGUGCUAAUCAGUGACGCUGUAGAUUCCGCUUGCGUGGAGCUGUUGCAGAGUCAUGGCAUCAACGUCACCUGCAAGUACAAACUGCCUAAGGACCAACUGCUGCAGGAGAUAAAGAACUAUGAUGGGCUGAUAGUGCGUUCAGAUACCAAGGUGACAGCUGAUGUAUUUGCAGCUGCUGCAACUCUCCGUGUAGUUGGUCGUGCAGGCACAGGUGUUGACAAUAUUGACAUUGAAGCAGCCACAAGAAAAGGUGUGAUAGUGCUCAAUACUCCUGGAGGGAACUCAGUCAGUGCAUGUGAGCUGACAUGUGCUCUGAUAUCAGGUUUAGCAAGGAAUGUAGCACAAGCCUGCCAGUCUCUCAAAGAAGGGCGCUGGGAUAGGAAGCUGUACACAGGAUCAGAACUAUCAGGAAAAACCCUGGCUGUGUUAGGCCUUGGUAGGAUUGGACGUGAAGUGGCUACAAGAAUGCAGGCAUAUGGCAUGAAAACGAUUGGUUUUGAUCCAGUGGUUUCUGCUGAGUCUGCUGAACAGUUUAAUGUAGAUAAAUUGGAACUGGAGGAAAUAUGGCCCCUUGCAGACUAUAUCACUGUCCACACUCCACUUAUUCCACAGACAAGAAAUUUAAUAAAUGAGACAGUACUGAAUAAAUGCAAGCAUGGAGUGAGAAUAAUUAAUGUAGCAAGAGGAGGCAUUGUAGAUGAAGCAGCUCUACUUGAUGCACUUAAGGAUGGACGAUGCGGUGGAGCGGCACUUGAUGUGUUUUGUGAGGAGCCACCAAAGUCUGCCAUCACUCUGGAACUGAUCAAGCACCCUGCUGUCAUUGUAACACCCCACUUGGGUGCCAGCACAAAUGAAGCUCAACAAAGAGUAGCAGUGGAGAUUGCUGAACAAUUUGUGGCACUGGCUACCAACUGUUCUGCUGCUGAACGGGCUCGUUAUGUAGUGACAGGAGUGGUCAAUGCUCCUGUACUCGCUGCUGCCAUGAUCCAGACCAAUGCACCUUGGAUUUCACUGGCAAAUGAACUGGGCAAAGUGGCUGCUAAAAUUAUUCAAGGUGCAAUACCUGGGACAAACAUAUGCAUCAAAACUAGUGGUUCUGGUAUGGAGAAAAGAAACUUCUUGGGUACUGCAGUUCUGGUUGGGAUGCUGACAGGGCACACUAAGAAUGGACUUAAUCUUAUCAAUGCCCCAGCCCUCGCUAAGGAUGCUGGAAUUGAAGUGUCUCAGUCCCAUGAAGGCCAUAGUGAUGUGCCCACAGUCACUGUGAAAGUGUCCCAGGGCAAGAGCAUCUCACAUUCACUGCAAGGAACUGUUCGAGCAGAUGAUCUACCAUAUUUGUUAACCAUUGAUGAUGCAAGCUUCGGACCAACUGGUGUGCUGCUAAGUAAUAACAUUCAUCUCUUCCAAUGCCAGGACCGCACAACAAAUUUAUCUGCUAUAAUCACACAACUUGCAUCCAAGGGUGCCAACAUUUCAAGUGUUGCAACAGCAACUGGCAAGAAUGUGUGGGUUGCUGUUAGGACUGCUGAAUUCACACACAAAAUUUCUGUUCCUGAAAUAAUUUCAUUUUAAUUGCCAACACAAGUCAAGGAAAUUAACUUCUGCUAUGUAGGACUUCACAUACCACAAAUUGUAUAUUCUUGAAAAUUCAGUGGUAAUUUACAUCCCUACCAGUCCAUUCUUGCAGACUGAAAUGUCAUAAACAAUGUGUGUGUUAAAAAAUGACAUCCUCACUGAUGAAUUCACCUUUUCCAUUGGCAUAAACUUUCUAUGAAAGAGUGACAAACUAUAGAAUGUGUACACUUACCAACUUCAAAAUGUUUCUGUUGUAGUACCUAUAAUCACAUUUGUAAUUUUAUAUUAACUGAAUGUGUCACAUAACUUUAGCUCUGGAACAAGCAAGAGUUUCUCGAAUAAAAGUCACACAAUAUCAGAAUAAUUUGAUAGAAGAUUGCAAGCAGUAUGAACCAUUAACUACAAAUAUGUCAAAAAUACUUUCUAAUCAAGGAAUUGUUGGUUACACAGUGUUCCUGAAGUAUAUUGGUUUAUUUUGCAGGUUUUUCAUCUGAGAGACAAAUGAAAUUAACUGUGAAGUUAUUCAUGCUUAAAGCCAGUGAACAAAAAUCAUGGCCCGGUCUAAAACGAUUCAAUAACAAGUAUUUUUUGUGUACUGUGCUGUCCUAUUUAUCACUUUAUAGUUAUAAACACACUUUCAUGUAAUUAAGGAUUAUUACUAUCAAGUUUUGUAUGACAAUAUAUAUGUUGCUGUAUUCUUCUCUAAAUAAUAAAAUAUGUUUAAACAGUUGUAAUAA